AUGUAUCAAUCGGCCUGCCACGCCGCGGCCGGAGGUUGUUCGACGCAGGAACGGAACGACCGGGAUGGGUUGAUAACGCACGAAUCGGCGGUGGCCCCGGUCGAGCACGAUUACAGUGGGUUUGACAUCGUGAAGGCCACCCAGUAUGGGGCGAUUGGCCGGGUGAAGGAGCUGAUCGAGGCCGGAUGGGACGUGAACCAGCCGGACAGUGAAACGGUCACGCUGCUGCACUGGGCGGCGAUCAACAACCGGAAGGACAUUAUCAAAUACUUUUUGGAUAAGGGAGCGAUCGUGGACGCGGUCGGGGGAGAACUGAACGCGACACCGCUGCAUUGGGCCACCCGGCAGGGUCAUUUGGGAGCGGUUGUAUUGUUGCUGGCUGCCGGAGCCGAUCCAAGUCUACGGGACGCCGAAGGUUGUUCCUGCAUUCACCUGGCGGCCCAAUUUGGCCACACGGCACUCGUCGCGUACUUUAUCGCCCGUGGCGUCAAUCCAGAUCUGCAAGAUCGCGGCGGAAUGACCGCCCUCAUGUGGGCCGCCUGGAAGAUCUCAGCCCUGGAUCCGGUACGGCUCCUGUUAACCCUCGGCGCAAAUCCGAGCCUCGCUGACCACACCCACGGAAACACGGCCCUGCACUGGGCCAUCCUAGCCCGGAACGCGACCGCCGUCAGCACGCUCAUCCUUAAAGGCAAAGCCAGCCUGGAAAUACCAAAUCUCCGCGGGGACACUCCCCUCACGAUGCUGCAGCCCCAUCUCGGCUCCAUCUGGAUAGGCUCGAAAGUGUCGGAAAAGGUUCGCGAACUCACCCAGCAAUCCCAGCGUCGGAACAUCAUCGUCCGCAUGACGCACGACAAACGACUCCGCUGGUGGAGCAUGAUCGCCACUCCUUUCCUCGUCUUCUACCUUGCCGGACUGAUCUUCUGCGCCGAGACCCUAAUCAUCAUUAAAAUCUUCCUGCUCGGAUGUCUGUACGCGCUGUCCCACACCGUUGGCCAAACCCUGUUCGACGAGACGCUGAUGGCGCUGCUCCCGCUGAGCGUUUACAUGGCCACCAAGGCGUGGUUCUACGUCACCUGGUUGACGUACAUUGCGCCGACGGUGUCCUUUCUGGCAUCCGUUUCCUUCCUGACGUGCAGCGCCGGGUUGUGGGUGUGUUUCCUCAAGUCGUGGCGAGGCGACCCGGGCGUCAUUCAGCCGACGCAGGAGCAGAGAUUUAGGACCAUCGUCGAGCUAUCGGAGCGCGGUGGCGGCGGCUUCGAACCGUCCGCCUUCUGUUCGGCCUGCCUCGUGCGGCGACCCGUCCGCUCCAAGCACUGUUCCGUGUGCGACCGGUGCGUGGCCCGGUUCGACCAUCACUGCCCCUGGGUGGGAAACUGCAUCGGCUCCAAGAAUCACAAGUACUUUAUGGGAUUCCUGUGGAUGCUGCUAACGAUGUGCUGCUGGAUGCUGUACGGCGGCGCCAACUUCUACGUCCAGGCCUGCAACGUCAACAUGGAUGAAGGUCUGUGGAGCGCGAUGGUCGCCAUCGGGUCGUGCAACCCGUGGGUCGGCUGGGUGAUGGCCAACGCCCUGCUGCACAUGUCCUGGGUGACGGUGCUGACGAUCUGCCAGACGUACCAGGUGGUGUGCCUCGGUAUGACGACGAACGAGCGCAUGAACCGCGGCCGCUACCGGCACUUCCAGGCCAAGGGCGGCAAGAGUCCGUUCACGCGCGGUCCCGUCCGGAAUCUGUUUGAUUUCCUGGAGUGCAGCUGCUUCGGGCUCGUUCAACCGCUGCAAACCGACUGGAUGCAGUACUUUGACUUUGACAAAUCGGUCGAGCACGAACCGCUGCUCCGGCCGGACAACUUUCAGUACGUCUGAGUGCGUCAGCGGGGGGAACCGGAGGCGCAAGGGGAAGACUCGAUGCCGGCCGCUGGAGGACGAGAUGAGGCGGCUGGCGGUGCAGGCGAUGCUGCGAACCGGGGCGAAAAACAAGCUGAUUUGAGGACGGUGACGACGGUUGACGGUAAGGUGGAAAUUACGAUGGUCUGAAGACCCCGUUUUAAAGCGAGUAGGACGAAUUCCGUUGAUUCCGAACGAAGAAAAGGCUUUAGCUAGGCAUGGUAAGGACUAAAAUGUGGUAGAAUUGUGCUUAAUACGUACUUGCGCGUGUGUGUAAAGAAGGUUGGGUUUGGUAGAGAGCCACUCGAUCAACAUAAGGGUUAAAAAGACACAAAUAUUAUAUAUAUUUGGUAUAUAUAGAAACAAAGAAGAAAAAACAUUCAUUACCACAGCGGUGUUAGGGACAGCGAAAGAGAAGAUUAAGCAAUAGAUUGUACCCCCUCCCUUUCCACCCCCUUCAUUACUUAGAUAGAAUUGUAAAAGUUUCCCAAAAACUAGUUCGUACGAUAUAAAUGAGUGUUGUUGAUUAAGGUCGAAAUCGCGU